GGCUGCGUCAUCAGCACGGGCCUCGGGCGCUGUUUGAAUACGAUGGUGUUUUGGAUCCAAACAUGGCAGAACGCGAAGCUUUACAAAGAGAAAUCGAGCAGCUUCAGAACCUUAUUAAGAACCACAAGAGAGUUCAUGGUGAUGCCCCAUCAAGCUCAGCUCCAUGGUUUUCUUCAAAACAUAGCCUGACUAGAGGUCGAGGGCACCGCCCAAGUUACAGUCACUCUUACUCAAGUGAGCACCAGCCUUAUGCACCUCAUCCUACUAGCCAUUGGAGAAAAACCUACUCUCUCAACAACAAGACCACCAGAGCUUCUGGAGGAGGAUCCUCUCAGCUUUCUGAGCCUCAUCUGGACAAGACUCAGCUUAUCAGUUCUGUACCCUCUAUUGCUGGCUCACUUGUUGGCGGUAAGGUUUUUCUCAAGGGGGCGACAGAGGCACAGACUGUUAAGGGCAGCACAGCACCUUUACAGAAUAUAACUGGAAAGGAAUCAUUAUUGUCUGUUCCAGCCACCAGUAUAAACAGGACAGUAUUAAAACCAACAAGGACUAAGACUGAAAUUGGAAUUAAGUCAAAUGCAGAACUGGCAGGGUCUUCUGCAUUAAUUGACAGUCAACAGAGUAAACGAAAUGAAAUGAAGACAAGUUUAAACGCCACAACGAAAACUGCAUCAGAUAUGAUUUGCGACACAGCUACCUCAUCUGUCCCUUCAUCUGAGGGGACUUGUGCCUUUAAUAAAAAGAAUACUUUAGCCCAACUGCAAGCAAAAUCACACUUCACCAGCAGCGUUUCGUCCAGAAGGACCGUGAUAAUGACAACAGCCUCUGAGGAGUUUUCUUCAGGCCAGGCAGUCCCUCCUAGGGCAUGCUCUAGUCCUGCAGCAAAUCUUAAGCUUAAAUCAGACUCAACAAUACGGGUGCAUACAGUUUCCUCUCCCCAUAAAAAAUCACAGUUUACCUGGGUGAAGAGUCAAGGGACUAAGAGCAGCCAGCCCUCUCCAACCUCAUCUUCAGUUUCCACUGCUACAGCUGUGGUGGCCAGCAUCAAGCCCGUUCAUGGUUCUAACAAGAAGAUACAGCGAAAGCCUAGUCUUUCCUCAGGCCCUCCUAAGACUUCAAAGUACUCUUGGGUGUCAUCCUCCUGCUCUACUACAGCAGCUGCCAAAGUAACUCCAUCAAAACUGCCAAACAAGCAACUUUCUCCCAAAGCUCUUAAGGUGCUUGGAAAAGCAACAAAGGAGGGACUAGACGGGACAAAAAAACUCGCUUCUACACCUUCGACACCAUCAAAGCGGACUAAAGUUAGUGGAGGGACUUCCACACCUCCAGUCAGCCAUGCCAAUCGUUAUUGUUGGAAGGCCGCUGCACAGAGCUCUUCCACGGUUUUGACUGGGUCCACCCUGAGGUCUUCCCGAAAGGGAUCAUUAUAUCGGUGGACUGCUCAGAAAGAGGGAAAAGAUUCAGGCCUUGGACCGCAUCCAUCACGAGCCCAGCAAAACCCUUCCAUCACUCAUCUUUCCAAUAGUGGAUUCAAGCUAAGGAGCAGAACCAAGAUCAUCAGGAGGUAUAGCAACAGUAAUCCUGCUCCAGAGAAGAGACCCAGUCUCUGUGUGGUGACUCUGAGGAGUCGAUAUUCACUGAGGAGGAAGACACACACUUCUGUCAGGACUCCGACUUGUGCCAAACGAGGCCAGUCCAGAGCUCUCGUCUCCAUCGGCAGACACAAGCUGCGGCGCCUCUCCUCCUCUGCUCCCUCCACUUCUGCAUGGACCUUGAGAACGGGCCCUUCAUCUCCUUCAGUGCGGAGUCCAGCGUCUCUGAGGGUCAUCAAAACCCGCUACAAGAUUGACACGCGCAGAGCACAGUUCCAGCACCACAACCCUGCCCUCUCCUACAGAGUCAAGAGAAUCCAGUCAGCCAGGAUUCUCUUACAGAGUCGUCUCCAGACAGCCCCGGAUAGACAGUGGAGGGGGCGGAGCAUGCGAUGGAUAGGAGGGGCUCUCUACAGAGUCUCUGCCAAUAAGCUUUCUCGCACACAUACUACCAGCACGUCAUCUGUCAGAUCAGGAAAGUGGUUCAGUUCACAGGAAGCAUCUUCUCCUAGCAGUGUAGUGAGGACGUCCAACAUGCGACAUGUCGCCAGUCGGGUGGUGCAGAGAAGUCUGGCCAUCAUCCGGCAGGCUCGGCAGAAGAAGCAACACGCCAAACAGUACUGCAUGUACUACAACCGCUUUGGCAAGUGUAACCGUGGCAACGCCUGCCCCUACAUCCAUGACCCUGAUAAGGUGGCUGUUUGCACCAGGUUUCUCAGAGGCACGUGUAAGCAGACAGAUGGGACAUGUCCUUUCUCACACAAAGUGUCCAAGGAAAAGAUGCCUGUAUGUUCAUACUUCUUGAAGGGAAUUUGUAACAACAGUAGCUGCCCCUAUAGCCAUGUCUAUGUAUCUCGCAAAGCAGCCGUGUGUCAAGACUUCGUCAGAGGCUACUGUCCACAGGGAGAGAAGUGUAAGAAGAAACACACUCUUGUGUGCCCGGAGUUCUCCAGCACUGGUAUGUGUCCCAAAGGGUCGAAGUGUAAACUGCAGCACAGACAGAGAGCUAAGCGCACCGGGUCCAGCCUCAUCUCAGCUCCAGCCAAAAAAGCCCGCACCAGGGACUCCACGAAGAGUCCAGAGCCAAGCUCCACUCAGGCAGAUGAGAGCACCCCUAGUUCAGGCCUUGCAAAGCUGCCCUCCUUCAUCUCUCUGUCCAGUUCCCCAGACACCCCAGAGGCCGUGGAUAGCCCCAAAGGCACUACUGUAGCAGGAGUAGAGGCCACAGGAAAGAAACUUCACAUCAAACCUCGCUUCUAGGAAGCUCCAGGAACUAUUUGGCCUUUUCAACACACAGCUGAUGGCUAGAACAGCAGGAGUCCUUUGGCUCAACUGAAGCGUGUUUAGGAUUGCCACUCAUGGACAUAUUUAUUAAUUAUAUUUUUGAGAUAAUGCAGCCAAGUCAUUCUUUAUUGUAAAUGAUACACUAUUGAAUGAUUGACUGACUGACUUAAUAUACAGAAAACUACGUAGAGAAGUUACACAGAAAAAAAUAUCUUGGAAUAUGCAUAUACACAGCAGCUACACCCAUCAGCCAUAACAAUAAAACCAUAUUCUUGUGUCUGCGCUCAUUUCAUCAGCUCCACUUACCUUAUAGGAGCACUUUGUAGUUCUACAAUUACAGACUGUAGUUCAUCUGUUUUUCUGCAUACUUUAUUAGCCCUCCUGUCUGUGCAUAUAGAACUACAAAGUGCACCUAUAUGGUAAGUGGAGCUGAUGAAAUGGACAAAGAGUGUAGAUACAAGGAGAUGGAUUUAAUAGUAUGGCUGAUCGGUGUCUUUCCAUUUGCGUAUGUGACAGCAGAUCUCCUUCUGCAUCCAGAGACCUGGAUCAUCUGCUCUCUGACCAUGUCUGUCAAAUCACUUUUGGAAUGUUUUACAAUUGUAUUCAAUUUUUAUUUUGAUACACACAGGUGCCCUUUAGAGCUCAUAUAUCUCAGGGACUAUUUUCUCUGCAUGUGACACUUUUAAAGUAAUAUAAAUUUUAGUUUGAAUGAAAAUAAUCUGUAAUUUUCUUGUGGAAUAUUUAACUUUGAGCAUAUUUGUAUUGGAAAGUUGAAUUAAAGCUGUUUUCAGAUUU